AUGUCCACCAACACCCUCCCCCCAACAAUGAAAGCCCUCCUCCAAGAAACCAAAAACGGCCCCCUAAUCCCCAAAUCGAUCCCAACACCCACCCCCGGCCCGGGCUCCGUCGUCGUCAAAAUCCUCGCAAACCUCCUUCAACACCAAACCCCCGGUAUCCUCUCCGGCAAAGCAGGAUUCACCUACCCCACCCCCAUGAUCCCCGGUGGACGAGCCGUGGGAAGAAUCGCCGCUACAGGCCCCGACACCACAUGUCUGUCAGAAGGCCAACUUGUCCUCCUCGAGCCCUUCAUCCGCGCCCGCGACGACGCUGACACUUGGAUCUUCUGGGGUGCAAUGGAAGGCACGAGUGAGGGGAGUAAGAAGCUCUUUGCGGAUAACUGGCGGUACGCUACGUUCGCGGAGUAUGUUAAGGCGCCCUUGGAGAACACCUGGGCGCUGGAUGAAAAGAAGCUUUGUGGGGAAUUGAGGUAUACGAUACCAGAGUUGGUGCAGCUCAGUGUUGAUGUUGUGGCGUAUAGUGGCCUGAAGGGGAUUGGGCUGAGGCCCGGGGAGAGACUGGUUGUUACGCCUGCUACGGGGCUUUUCUCAGGUGCUGCUGUGGGCGUAGCAGUUGCGAUGGGAGCGACUGUUUUGGUGACGGGAAGGAAUGAGCACGCGCUUCAGCGACUGGUGGAUGCGCAUCCGAAGCUUGUGUCAAGUGUCCUGAGAACGAACGACGUCGAGGUCGAUGUUAAGAAUCUGCAGAAGCAUGGUACCGUGGAUGCGUUUCUCGAGUUCACGCCCAUGGGAGCGGAGGGGAGUACACACGUUCGUGCUGCUUUUGGCGCGCUCAAGCAGUACGGACGAGCGUGUAUCAUGGGCUUUGGUGGCGGCGCGAUGAAGGAUGUGGAGAUUCCGAUGAUGGAUAUCGUGUUUAAGAGUAUCACGGUUCAUGGUCAUGCCAUGUACCGGGGUCAAGAUGUGAAGGAAAUGAUCAAGGUGGCCGAAGCGGGAGUGUUGAAACUUGGAAAAGAGAGAGGGUUUGAUUCGGUGACGGAGUUCAAGAUGGACGACUUUGAGAGAGGCUUCGACUGGGUUGGCGAAAACCACGAGCUCGGCCAGAUGGGGGUUCUAGUCCCGUGA